AUGUCAAACUUUAAACAAAUAUUUACAAUUAUUAUUUUUUUGUGUCUUGGUAAUUUGGUCUUUGGUACACUUCUUGAAAUGGCUGGAAUGGGUCACCAUGGUCAUGAUGAAGAAUGCCAAACACCUAUUACGACACUCUCUGCUAAUAAAAGAGCACCUGGAGCAAAACGUGACAUUGAAGCCAGCUGGAAGAAGCAACCUUAUACUCCCGAUAUAUGUGAGCCUGUAGAUUUCAAUGGAACCUAUGUUGCCCCCGUUGACGAUGGUGAAAAUUUCGAUAUCUUUGCCGAUGGAAGAGGUGCUACUGUCUGGGCACCAUUGUCACCACCUGCAGGAACAUUAUAUACUAUCCGUGGUUCCGACGAAAAAAAUUAUAUCUUGGGUAGAGAUCAGAAUGCCAAUAUGCGUAUAGUCAAGAAAUGUGGUAACUAUUGGUAUCAAUCGAAGCUGUACUUUAAGAGUUGGAGACAAGUCAAACAAGAUAACAAAUGGAACCAAGAUACAAUCAAGUUGGCCGUUGCCAGUGGUACAAGAACAUCGAAUUCAAUCGAUAUUUCACGUCCUAUCGCCAUUGAGACUAACAGAGAAGACUAUAGCUGUGCUAAUCAGGGAACAUGGACCUACGGUAGUGCACCAGAUGGUAGCGCUUGGCUUGCAGAUCUGAUCAUGUCACUGAUUGAUAUUGUAACCGGAAACUUUAAGAUGACAAGAAAAGGUUUGCAAAUUUUGGAUGCCGAUGUCAAUGGAAUUGCACGAGGUUGGAACACAAUUGCAUCUGAUUGUAAGACAUCCUAUCCUCCUGAGCAAACUUUGGUUCCCUCUCAAUAUGCAUUGGAGGAUAAUGGAAACAAGCGUUAUAUGUACAAAGUUAGAAAUAGCUUUGGAUAUCUUAUUGCCGAAUGUAAUGGAGAUGCUUUGUGGUUCAGUAACAAUGCUAACGAUGAUACCUAUGUUGUAUUCACUCCAAUGUAA